AUGCAGCUCUUCCUCAAUCCCAGAGAUGCUGGUCUCAGAGCAGGAUUGUCUGGUGAGAUGACCAACGCAAUGGCAAGUAAGUGAGAAAUCCAGUGCUUUCUAUGAUAUGACAAUUGUUUGUGUUUUCUAAUUUUCCAAUUGGAAAAAUAUAAUGAUACAAGAGCUGUUUAAGGAACAAGAAGAACGGCAGCCAUAAUAAACAUCUUAUUUUUCUCUUUCAGGUAAACAAAAUUACGUUUCCGAUAUUUAAAUAGGAAGUUCUCACCGUCUGAUUAAUGUAAAACAUAUUGUCAACAGUGGUUGGUGAAUUGGAGGAUGCUAACAAUUUUCUGGUUUCUUUAGUACGUCCUGUUAAAUGUUUUGAAAAUGCAAUGACAACAAAAUGCAUAGCUACAAGUAUUACCCUAUUUGAGUCAAUGUAUUAACCCUAACACAAUCCAUUCAACCUUAGCAGAUUAUUUUUUUUCCCAUGUCCAUUUGUUUUUGUUUGUUAAAUGUAUAUUUAUUUAUUUGUUGUGUGAAUCAAUGGUUUUUGCUAAGUGGGAUGCUUUGGAUGACCCAACUCUGACAUCCCCCCAUUGAAAUGUAAAAUGGUUAAGGUAAGGGUUAAGGUUAGGGUUUGGUAAGGGUUUGGAUAAGGGUAAGUGUAAUGGUCAGGGUUAGGGGUCAGGGUAUAUGGUAGGGUCGUCCCAAGGAUCCCUCUUAGCAUCUACUGUGGCUCUGUGAUUACCUGUGGCAACUUUGGACAACCAUGCCCUUGUCCGGAUCAACCUCACUGUAAACCUCCCAUGUAAAUGUGCUCAAUGCUCAACACACUGUUGUUUGAUAUUUGGUUUGGUUUCUAAUAGUGAAUCUUGACUUAAUUGAAAAUCAGUAGUGUAGCCUCGCGGUUAAGAGCGUUGGGCCAGUAAUUGAAAGGUCGCUGGUUCAAAUCCCCAAGUCGGCAAGACAGUUAACCAAAAACUGUUCCUGGGGCACCAGAGAUGUCGAUUAAGGCAGCCCCAUGCACCUCUCCGAUUCAGCGAGGUUGGGUUAAAUGCGGAAGACACAUUGCCUGCCAUGCCCCCCCCCCCCCCCCUUUCACUGUCAGCUGAUUCCAUACAAUUCUUUGCUUUAGAGUUUGCAGUGUUGUCUAUUGGUGAAAUGUCUUUACCUGAACAGUGAAAAACUAUCAAACUAACUCUUAUAUCAUCCUCAGCCUUUAAAGGCCUUUGUUUCCUUCUAUUAUGAUGUUCCUUCUGUAUCUCUUUGAUUUCAAAAAGGUCCUACUAUAUGUGUGUAUGGUGUGCGUGUGUGUGUGUGUGUGUGUAUGGUGUGUGUGUGUGUGUGUGUGUGUGUAUGGUGUGUGUGUGUGUGUGUAUGGUGUGUGUGUGUGUGGUGUGUGUGUGUGUGUGGUGUGUGGUGUGUGUGUGUGGUGUGUGUGUGUGUGUGUAUGGUGUGUGUGUGUGUGUGUGUGUAUUGGUAUGUGUGUGUGGUGUGUGUGUGUGGUGUCUGGUGGUGUGGUGUGUGUGUGUGUGUGUCCUGGUGGUGUGUGUGUGUGGUGCUGCGUGUGUGUGUGUUGGCUGUGUGGUGUAUGGUGUGUGUGGUCUGGGUGUGUGUGGUGUGUGUGGUUGUCUGGUGUGUGUGAUGCCUGGGGUGUGUGUGUCGGCUUGUUUGGGUGUGUGUGUGGUGUGUGUGUGGUAUGGGGUGUGUGUGUGUGUGUGUGUGUGUGCCCCAUCCUGCCUCCCGCCGUAAUACCCUGUUCAUCCUAGCGGUCCCCCCGCCUCUCCUCCUCACACCAAUGGUCUUCUUGUGGAUUACGCCCCUGUGUGCGACUAUAUACUUACUAUGUAUUUAUAUACCAGUAUGUGUUUUAGACAGUGCUUCGUGGAUGCAUGCUUUUAGAUGAAAUCGAAUUAUUCUCAUGAUGUUUUUCAGAUGUUUCUCAACCACUGGAGUUCAAUGUGAGCCUGUUUGCAGAUUUCCUGAUACAUGGAGGGGAGCUGGGUCUCAAGGAGAUCUACACAGAGCUGGCCAUCUUUCUUCUAGUGGUAUACAUCAUGGUCCUCAUUGGCAACACCAUGAUCAUCACUCUGGUCUUGCUGGACUCCAAACUUCACACACCAAUGUAUAUUUUGCUCUGUAACCUGUCUUUCAUAGAUAUAGUGAUUACCACCAGCGUUCUACCUAAAAUAAUAUCAGUGUGUUUGUGGAAUGAUGUGUCCAUUUCAUUUGCAGGUUGCUUCUUGCAGAUGUAUACUUAUUUGACAUUCCAAAUUGCAGAGGGAUUUCUCCUGUGUGUCAUGGCCUACGACCGCUAUGUUGCUAUCUGCAAUCCUUUACGCUACAACAGCAUCAUAACAAUCAAAAAGUGUGUGUUACUGGCCUCAACAGCAUGGGCUUUGGGGAUGAUUUUUCCAGCAUUGAAUGUCAUUCUUGCAUCAAAACUACCUUUCUGCAGGAAUGAGAUAAUGUUUUGGUUUUGUGAUUAUCCUCCGAUUGUUACAUUGUCUUGUUUGGACACAACUUUAUUGAUAGAUCUAGCCCUCGCAUGUGCUUUAUUUGUGAUGUAUGUUCCAUUCACUGUCAUAUGUUGGUCAUAUUGUAGAAUCAUCAAAUCCAUUUGCAAAAUUGCCACAUCUGAAGGGCGGAAAAAAGCUUUCUCUACCUGCUCCUCACAUCUCAUUGUUGUCCUUACCUUCUACAUUGCUCAUUCAUGCGUCUACAUCAGUGCUAAAUCAAAUAAUAUUCAUCCCAAUGUUCUCAUCUUAAUAUCUAUUGUCAACUGUAUUUUAACUCCUCUUGUGAACCCACUUGUUUACAGUUUCAGAAACAAACAGAUAAAGGAUUCUGUACUGAAACUCCUGUUUUCCAAUAAAGUUAUUCCAUAACGCACCAUGUUUGGAUUUUAUUAUUUAAAGGUCAAAUGCAGCCGUUUUUUAUUUGGAUUUAUUUAUCAAAUCAUUUCUGGGUAACAAUUAAGUACCUUACUGUGAUUGUUUUCAAUGAAAAUGGUCAAAAAGAAACAAUAGCUUCUUAGCAUAGAGCAAUUUCUCAAUCAAGAAUUUUGCUAGGACUGUCUGGGAGUGGUCUUAGUGGGGAGGGGAAAAUUGAAAACUAUCUGUUAUUGGCAGAAAGGUUUGGAACUCUCUUUCUUAUUGGUCUAUUAACUAAUAUACCGCCUGGCAGGCCAAAACUCCAUAUCACCAGAAACAAUUCUUACACUAAAAGGGCAUUACCAAUUUCGCAAUUUCAAAGUAUUAUUCCAACCUCAUAGUGUGUAAAUAUAUAUAGAACUCAGGUAAAUCACAUUUUUGACUGCACUGAGCCUUUAACAAUGAAUUAGCAUGUUUGAUAUAUCCUUAUAAUCAAAUAUGAUUAUGUUACUUUGAAAUGGUAAAAGGUUACACGGCAAGGAAAAACCAUUGUCUAUACAUUCCGGGUUGAUAUUGUCUGGAGCUUUCAGAUUUUAAAACUAUCACACACAUUCAAGCACCAUUGUAUAAGGACAUGUACAACUCCCUGCUGGCAACAAAAGAUUGUUUGUUGCAUAUCAGCAUUCGCAGUUAACAUCUAGCUAGCCGAUGGAGUUCAUGAAGAGUUUGUUGAGCAUCUAUCCAUGCAUAUAAACAUUUUAGAGGAUCGAAAUUAAGUGUUGGACAUAAUGAAUCAGAAACUAUGUGCCCCAGUCAUAAGCAUACAUAAUGAUGCAACAAGGGAAGGGAAGCACAGAAGAGAGUAGUAGUUAUUAUUAUCCAUUUUAGCUCUGCUCUCGUUUGCCAUGAAUGCCAUGCACGUAUUACCGAUCAACGCAUGCGUGGGAGUCAUUAGGCCUACUGUUGUGUGAAGCGCUGAUUGGCUGGAAUAAUCCCAGGAAACCAACUAUGUUCUGAACUAUGAGAGAGUUUGCAGUUAGAGGAGGUGUGUGGAAGCCCCCGGGAAGUGCAGGGAGCGCUAUAAAAUAGACAGGACAACAGAAACACAACCACUUGGUUUCUAGAUCAAGUCCACAUGAUGACCUGUACAUUGAGAUAAACUAGUCAUAUUGUCAAGCCACUAUCAGGAGUUUGAUCUUUUCCAUUUUCUUCUGUGAAUUAAGUCUUGUUAAGUGAAUUAUUUUUGCAAAAUGUAUUAAGUAGCAUUGUUUUGUGCACACUAUACAGACGGUAAGUGUUACUGUAUAGUGGGGAGGCAAAUCAUUGGUGUUAUUGUGCUAAUUCAAUACCAGAUUCAUCAAUUCAUCAUUUGCAUCAAUGGCUAUUCAAAAUGGUUUAUAUUACAUGUAGUGUAUACUAUAGAGAUGAAUGAUUCAUGUUUCUAUGUCUUUUUGUGUGUGUCUUUUCACAGAAAUAGUCCAAAUAAUAUCAAAAUCUGUCGACAACAUAAAUGCCCUGAAUACAGCUUUCACAAUGUAGAAAGUAAGUGUCUCAUACCAAAUAAGAUCGUCAACUAUUUCUGUCAUUCUUAAGCAAAUGCUGAUAUUGUGCACCUUUGUAAAAUUAUCUUCCUUGACCGCCAGUUGACUCUUGCAUUCAAGCCAAUGUGACUGUUGUGACUGACUUCCUCUUCGGUGGGGGUGAGAGAGGGUUCUACCUAGAGCUGGUCUUCCUAUUGGUGUUCUACCUGAUGAUCCUGAUUGGAAAGCUCAUCAUACUUACCCUGGUGGCGACAGACCCCAAGCUGCAGUCUGCCAUGUACAUUUUCCUCAGCAACCUGGCCCUCAUAGACAUCAACCAGUGUUCUCUCUAAGAUGAUAGCAGUGUGUUUGUGGAAUGACAUAACCAUCUCUCAGCAUGUUUUAUCCAGUUGUAUGUGUUUUUGUCAUUUGAAACCGUCGAGAGCGAGCUGCUGUGUGUCAUGGACUAUAACCGCUAUGUCACCAUCUGUAAUCCCUUACGCCACAGCUGCAUUAUCACUAAGAGAAUGCGGCCUAUUGGCUAUAGCAGCAUGGGCAUCGGGACUCUAUUUACCUGCUUUCUGUGUCCUUUUCGCAUCACAAAUGCCCUUCUGUAGCAACAAAAUACAUUUUUUGGUUCUGUGACUUUCCUCCCGUUCACUGUCAUUAUUUGGUCCUACUUCAGAAUAAUUUUAACCGUCUGCAAGAUUGCGUCUUCAGAGGGCCGUAUAAAAGCCUUCUCCACCUGCUCCGCACAUCUUACUGUAGUCCUCACCUUCCACCUCACUCACUCCUGCAUCUACAUCAGUGCCAAAUCUAAAAAAAAACGUUCACUGUAAUGUUCUAAUCUUGAUAUCUAUUGUUAACUGCUGUCUGACAGUGUCCCUGUUAUGAAUCCUGUCAUCUAUAGUUUCAGAAACAAAGAGAUAAAGGCUGCACUGAGAAAGCUCUGUUCUGGUAACGUCGGCUCUCAUGGUGAAUAACAGGGACACUGUUGAACUGUUGUGGGGUUAAACACUCAAUUAGAAUAUGUAGCUAUACAAAAUGCAGUCAUUUGUCAGGAGACUAGCAGAGUGUCUGAGCAGAUCGAAUUAAAUAUUUCUCUGUGGAGAGAGGUGAAAUCAGUAGGGAAUACAAGUUGGCACAACAAAGCAACACACAACAUACAGUUCAGGAUCAGGACAUACAGUUCAGAAUCAGAACAUACAGUUCAGAAUCAGGACAUACAGUUCAGAAUCAGAACAUACAGUUCAGAAUCAGAACAUACAGUUCAGAAUCAGAACAUACAGUUCAGAAUCAGAACAUACAGUUCAGAAUCAGGACAUACAGUUCAGAAUCAGAACAUACAGUUCAGAAUCAGGACAUACAGUUCAAUCCACUGUGAACAGAGAAAACAGAGAAUAAACCCUGGAUACGUAACAGCUAAUAGUUAAAGUGAUAAUCUUUGUUUCUCUUAACAAUAUCAAGUUGAAUUGUCCCUUUCAGUAUGUCAGACAUACACUGGAUCAUGUACUAUGAGAUUUUGUGAUGCUGCAAUUGAUUAUUUAAUAAUUUUUGAAAUGUCACAAACAGUCAGAAUGGAUUUUAAUGUUAAUAAAUUAACUCAAAAAGCUUAAACCAACUAUUAAUUUCUGUUUUAUCAUCCCUGUAUGGUAAUUUAAAGGUAUUGCAAUUCCCAUGUUCACUUUGAAAUGAAUGUAGAAACUACAAAUAAUUAUCUAACACACACGACCUGUAGAGAUGUAGGAUCUUAAUUUGAUCUACCCUUUGCAGGAGAACUGUAGGACAUUUAAAACUUGUAGUGUACGUGAGGUUUAAAGAGGCUUCUGAAGUUUGUAAUCUCCACUAUGACAUUUCAGACUUGGUUUUCCCUUACGAAAAAUGUAUCAACCCCUACAAAAAUGCCCAUUAAUUGUAAUCCACAUAAAAAAUCACAUUUCCUGUUGCUGCAGCAGGAUUAUUUUCCUGCAGUAGCAAACUUGCUCAAGUUAGGAUCGUACAUCUGUAUUUUUGGUUAUGUUCAAUAGUGUCACGAUCGUCGUAGGAGUGAGUAGACCAAGGCGCAGCGUGUGAACUAAACAUGACUUUAUUUAAAUAAAGUUCCUAAAUAUAAACAAAACACAAUUCGUGAAGUCCACGGUUAAACAUACCGUCACGGAACAAUAACCCACAAACACAAGGUGAAGACACACAGUUUAAAUAUGGCUCCCAAUCAGAGACAACGAGCCAACAGCUGACACUCGUUACCUCUGAUUGGGAGUCACUCCUUCAAACAAAGAAAUACAACCCAACAUAGAAAAUGAACACAUAGAAUGCACACACCCUGGCUCAACAUAAUGAGUCCCAGAGCCAGGGUGUGACAAAUAGGUGUAAAACAGAACAUUUUGAUAUACCAUUUCAGGUAAUACCUCCUUCAUUUCAACAUGUUUUCUCCUGUUCGUACCUAAUGAACACAGCCCAGGUCUGAAGUUAGAUGGCUUUCCACAUGAUGAGAAGGCUCAUGGAAAACACCAUGAUGAAAAAGAUCCACAUGAAGAAUUGGUCCAACACCUUCGCCACCUUCGUCCACUCCCCAGUCCUUUUCACUGUGGCCCUCGUAUCUCUGUAACAGUUAGCAAUGUACUCAAUAUUUCUGAUUAGCUGCUGCUGCUGACAGGUGCACUGGGUCUUACACACCUCCUCUCUCCCUCUACUCCCUCCUACUUCAUCGCUCACUCCCCCCUUCCGGCUCCCCACAGUCCAUGCUCAUGAACAUGCUGUUUCUCCAGGCGUUGUAGUGGUUGGUGGGUUUCCUCCCCAUGGAGCCAGUGGGGCUGGUCAACUAAUACUCUGUCUCCUCAAUUAUUUUGGGGGUAAUGCCAUCUUGACCUCUUUCCACCAGAAUCAAGUCCUCUCGUACUACUUGUCCAUUCAUGGUGUAGUUGUUGCUCCUCUGAGGUGUAGGUUGAGGUGGCGGGUCCUGUUUUCUCAGGCUGGAAAGACAUGCAGUUCUCCCCUAUUUCAUACAGAAAGCACACCCAGGCCAGGUACUGCAGGAUGAAGAUAUUGGCCCACUUGGGCACAGGCUUGGCGUCUGGGCCACAGUGGUGGAUGUUCAUGAUAAAGAUGGUCAGGGCCGUGGAGGCUGUUAUCAUGGUCAUGGUGGCUGUGUAG